AAGGGUGGAGACACUGAACAUCUUGUAGCUAGUGGUUGGAGGAUGGCAUACACAGCGGCACCACGGGAUAAACCACAAUCUCAAGGUUUUAGAUCAAUAUCACCCCAACCUGGAUACCCGAUCCAACACCCGACGCAGAUCCAGAUACCACCUCAAGUACUAAGAUACCCCCAACAACCCCGACCGCCACCUACUUCUUUUCCGAACCCUGCACCAACUCGACGACCCCUUCCGACCCCAAAGUCACGCCCAGAAUCCCUCCCCCCACCUGCACGUGCCGCUCAGACCCCAGCUCCGUCACGUCCGGCACCCAUACCAGCCCCUGCCCCUUCACGUCCUGUCAUUCUCGCUCAUACUGCAUCCCUCGAGAGCACUAACAUUAAUAAUCAUACAAGACGACCCCUUCCUAAUCCAGGUGCUAAAUCAACCAAACAUGCAAGCUUGGAUCUUCGUGCUCAGUUGCAAAACAAUCCAACCGAACCAGAUCUAAACGUUGCAGUAAGCCCACAAACCAGCGCAUCUAGUUUUUCCUCGUUUUCUGCUGCAAGCGGUGCAUCCAGCUUCUCUAGUCUACCUCCCUCCUCGGAUUUAUCCAGCGCGUCACAAUCUUUUGCUCUCCCAAAUUACCCACCUUCAUCAGCCUACCCAAAUGCACUCCCAUCUGCAAGCUUUCGUAACACACCACUCCAUAGUUUCAGCGGCCCGGGUCCAGUAUCCAGUUAUCCCCCUGCCGCUUCAUCAAUAGAUGUGCGAGCUCUUCCCCUCUCUGCCGCUUCACCCAAAUUUACCCCUCAUUGGAAACGCGACCUCCCUGCCCCCGCAACACAACCAAAUUCACCUUCAGAGUUGCCUUCUCGUGUGGGGCCAUUCAUGGAACGCAGAAGCACAGUUUCUGGUUCGGCUGUCCCACCAGCCCUUGGUGCUGCUAACGGAUUUCUUCCGCCUGCCACUGCAUUACCUUCAACAAGCUAUCCAUCUACCCGUUCAGUAAGCCCAGAGCGCAACCCCUCAAGGGUCAUCGACCGUGCCCAGACAUUCGUUCAUCGCGCUCAAACCCAAACAUCGUCCGGCCGCCGUCCCUUGCCGUCCAUUGGCAAUAGGUCCCCACCAGUACCCCCACCUCCAGGCAGCUCACGUAGUCCACCCGAACCGAGUAGUUCGCGCUCCCCACCUGUUCCAGGUAAUAUCAAUUAAAAUUAAAAUACGUACGAUAUCAAUGAUAUUUUCAGGGAGCUCGCGUUCCCCUCCAGCCAUCCCAGGUUCCUUGCAUAGUCACCCCAUUCCAGGCAGUUCGCGAUGGCCUCCG